AUGAAUUGGAAUGUAUCCGUGAACAAGCUGGCGACCAUCGAGCAAGCCACUGCCGAGGAUGACGUGUUAAGCCGAGCUAUGCGCUAUACACUCAAUGGAUGGCCCGACGUGAGAGCAGUACCAGUCGAGCCAAAGGCAUUUCACGAGGCUAGAAAUCACCUGUCAGUGAAAGAAGGUUUGCUGAUCUACGAUAGCCUUAUCGCGAUUCCUGUGACUUUACGUACAGAAAUGCUAACCCGUAUCUAUGACGGUCAUAUGGGGAUAAUGAAGAGUCGCGAACGUGCCAAAUCAUGUAUUAGGUGGCCGGGUAUCAGUCAAGAUAUAAAGACUAGAAUCGAACAUUGUACAUAUUGCCGGGAGCGCCGCCCUGCCCAAGUUAAAGAACCGCUAAUCUGUAUUGAAUUGCCAGAUCAGCCAUGGGAACGUGUAGCCACAGAUUUGUGUUCACUGAAAGCCCGAGAAUACCUAGUAGUAUCGGACUAUUUCUCACGCUAUAUCGAAAUUGCGCAUCUGAGAAAAUCCAUGACAAGCCAACUCGUUAUUGGAAAACUGAAGUCCAUAUUUGCACGAUGGGGCAUCCCAUUGCAACUCGUAUCAGACAAUGGAUUGCAGUUCGAUUCUUCUGAAUUUGCCGCAUUCGCCACAAAGUAUGGAUUCGACCACAUCAUGUCAAGUCCCACACACGCACAAUCAAAUGGCGAAGUUGAUUCUGCCGUUAAAACCGCCAAAAGGAUUCUAGAGCAAAAGGAUCCUGCAAGAGGACUCCUAGCCUAUAGAUAUACUCCUAUAGCAACUACCGGGUAUAGCCCAGCUGAACUCUUGGUUGGCCGUAAAUUGCGGACAACACUGCCGAUUUUACCCAACCAGACAAACCCUGAACUUCAAGCGUACAAACAGGCGAGAGAAACUGAUUGUGCGACCAAGUCCGCUAGUGAACGCCAUUAUAACACUAGAUUUGGUUGCAAACCACUCCCGGAGUUAAGCCCAGGUGAACCGGUUAGGAUCAAAACAGAUGCUGAGAAACGCUGGACUAAGCCAGCAACUGUCGUAAAGAAGUGCGAGAUCGUGCCCAGAUCAAACAUUGUAGAGACAGAAUCUGGAACAACACUGAGACGCAAUCAACGACACCUGCAGCAGUUACCGACACCAGUCGCAACACCAGAUCCAAGCCCAGCCGAGACUCCACCGGAACCAGCAACGAUUACGCCGAAUACCGCUCUCACGCAGACUAAAACUCCUAUUGUUAGACGUUCAGGACGCUCAAUAAAACCCGUUGAAAAACCCAAUUUGUAA